CGACUUCAUGUUUGCACUUCGUUUGACAACAGCUGGCUGUCAUAAGUUUUCGAUAGAGUUUCCAGUGAAUUAGAGUGUUAUUAUAUGAUAGAUUUUACUCUUGUCCAUCAAUGAGUUGUAAAUUAUAUCCUUAAACAAAUUUAUAUACGUUACCGAAAAUAUAGCAUGCGAUGCUCCCUCGUCGGCGAAACAUCGGAGGUGUGACAGAGAGAUUACCUUCGGAAAACGAUUUGGAUUCUUACAGUAAAUUAGACAAAAAAGGGAUUCAAGCUUCUAAUAAUACUAGUGUAUACAACCCGUUUUCGAAAAUACAAGUAAAGCCAGUGCAGUCUAACCAUUUUGUUGACACCGACAUAACAUUUGAUAUUCUCCAGGAAUUUGUGUUUGAGCCAGUUAUGGCUGCUAGAGACAGGACAAAUGAAUUUAUAUCAGCCGUACGGAGUCUGCAAGGCAGGACCUUGGCAAGGCCUGUUGUCAGGGAUGAAAGAAAAGCCCAAAUACUUGAGACUUACUCUCAAUUUAUGAGCAUGGCCAAAGUUAUUAGCAAGAACAUAACCAGCACCUAUGCUAAACUUGAAAAGUUAGCUAUGUUGGCAAAGAAGAAAUCAUUAUUUGAUGACCGACCAACUGAGAUUCAAGAACUCACUUAUAUCAUCAAAGGAGAUUUGAGUUCCCUUAACCAGCAAAUUGCAAGACUGGGUGAGAUGCCUCGGGGACGUCGCAGUAUGCACAGUCACUCAUCCAGUGUUGUGCUGGCUUUACAAUCACGUUUGGCUUCUAUGAGCAAUCAAUUUAAACAGGUUCUUGAAGUCAGAUCAGAAAAUUUAAAACACCAGAACAACAGACGUGAACAAUUCUCAAGAGUAGCUCCAUUGGUUAAGGAGGUGCCAUCUCUUCUGCAGCAAGAUGAUGUCAGUAUUGACCUUGGAGAUGCACCAAGCAUGCAAACACAACAAUUAGCUAUGAGGGAUGACUCAGACACUUAUGUGCAACAAAGAGCUGAAACAAUGCAUAACAUUGAGAGUACUAUAGUUGAGUUAGGAGGUAUAUUCCAACAGCUAGCACAUAUGGUGAAAGAGCAGGAUGAAGCUAUUGGCAGGAUUGAUGCCAAUAUUCAAGAAGCAGAAAUGAAUGUUGAAGCAGGCCACAGAGAAAUAAUGAAAUACUUCCAAAGCAUCACUAGCAACAGAGCUCUAAUGUUCAAAGUUUUUGGUGUAUUGAUAUUCUUUUUUAUAUUUUUUGUUGUUGUCAUGGCCUAAAGUUGCUUUGGUUUUAUUGCAAAAAUAUAUCAUAUUCAAAUAUAGUUAUAUUAAAUUUGUGGGUAAUUAAAAACUGGUGAAUAAAAUAUCAUUUCCUCUCUGAUCAUCAAAUUCAUAAAUAAUAGAAAAUUACCAGCACUUGUGCAAGUUACUUGGUAGCUUCUGGUUUCAUGUUUUUGUUAACAUGUAUGUGAUUUAGAUCCCAACAAAAUGUAUAAAAGUUAGGUUUAUAUAGAAAUGUUCCAAUUAUAUUGGUUAAUCAUAAAAUUCGCUCUGCUUGUGACUUGCCACCUAAAUGCUAUAGAAAAGAAUCAAUUUUCUGUUUAUUCCAUUUUGUUCAUUGAUGACUUUGUUAUACUAUAUUAUUAUAAAACGGGCUAAUGUGGUCCGCGCUGUUGGCGAGACAUAGUGCAGCGGGUUUUCUAAUGACACUCUUAAACAGUCAAAAAACUAUUUGUAUUAAUUGCACGAUCGUUAGAAACAAAUUUAGCCGUAAUAAUUAAACAAUUGGCUUUUCAUUUAGUAUUUUAGUUCAGUUUUUGAAUGUCUUAAACAAAUCCGCUGCGCUGCGGUCGACCAACUUUGUGAGGACUCUUAAGAUGUCAACAAACAAUCAUAAACUUAGUAAAUACGCAUAAGAUUAAAUUAUCGAAAAAGUAUAUUCAUAACGUAAAACUGCCUGUGUUCUGCAAGAAGUUAUACGCCGCUUCUGAGUGAAAUAAUAGUUUGUUUACAAUGGUUGCUGGUGAUUUAACUGAAUGCACCAUGAACUUACAAUCUCAACUUUGAGGUCAUAAAAUUAGUUUCAAUAUUAUAAAUGACUAGCCAAUGUAGCUAAGAAAGCAUAUAAAAUCGUUUAAUCGCAAAAGGUGCUUCACAGAUUCACAGGCCACACUAAGAAAGAUAAGGAACUUGGUAAACUCAUAAAGUUAUUUAUUAUAAAACGGGUAGGAUAAUAUACAUUUACACUAAACGCAACUUUAAAAUGUAUUGUUACAUUGACAAAGAAAAUGUUGACGCUUAAUAAGCUCACAAUUAAACAUGUAAUAUAGAAAAUCCAACAGUAAAAUUGAAAUUUUAUGCAAAUGGGAUUUGUAAAAUAUUAUAAAUAAAAUAACUUUAAUCAUGUU